AUGGAGCACUGGCUUGCCACCACAAGACAACAAACAGACCGCGAGAUCAGCCUCGACGUGGAGCGUGCCCGGAAUUGUCCUCCACCGCGCCAGUGGCGUCUCUCACAAAGUACCUUCCAUACCUACUCGUGCACUCCGCAGAUCCGUACUUUAUGGCACCUGCUGGUGUCGUGUGGGGUUCGCCCCAACACGGCUGUAGCAGUGACAUUGAAAGCGACCGGCGUCCGCCCUGGCCAAGCAUCGGCCAAGUCGAUAUGUCGCAGCCAUGGCUGCCUCCUGCCUCCACGACACGAAUGCGAGCUGGGCGACUUUGAAUGGGCUUGUCCUAAGGAUGCGCUUGCCACCACCCACUGA